AUGUCAGACACAAGAGACGCGGCCCAGCCGCGGCGUGGCAACUUUGCCAGUCGCAAAGCGCGUGGCGAAACGGGGGGCAGUAAGAGCAGCAGCAGCAAGAACAAGGAGCACAGCUACGAUGCCCGCCGCUAUCACCAGAACGCCAACACGCACGGCAUUCACGCACUGCGCACGUUCGACUGCCCUGUCUGUGACUCCAAGAACACUAUCCGCGUCACUCUCAACCCGCGGCUCGGUCAGGGAACGGUUUGCUGCACGUACUGCUGCUCACUGAGGCCCGUGCCACCCGAUCUCCCGUACCCUAGCGUUCAGAGCUUUGUACCGUCGCUGGAGAACAAGGCAGACGUAUUUUUUCGCUUCAACGAGCAGUACGCCGCACUGCUGCGGCAACACGAGAGUGAGCAAGUUGGGGAAAACAUUGGCCCGUCCUCGUGUUUGGCGACAGUCGAUAACACGCGCAAACGCGCCAACAGGGACGCCGGCGAAAGCGGCGGACGCACUCGCGGGCCGAGAAGAGAUGGCAGGGACGAGGGUGGGUUGUUCGGCGAUUGUGCGCUUCACAUGGACACCGACUUGCUCGACAACACGGUGGAUCAGCACGAAACUGGAACGCCGGUCAUAUUCGGCAGCGAUGACGAUGACGGUGACGGCAACACCGCGGCGGACGCCAACCUGGUGGAUCCGAAAGGGGUUUCGACGCCGUCACAACAGCGGCCGGAUAGUGCCGACAUGUCGGAGAGCGACUUCAUGAACGUUGCCGUGAUCACGGGAGUGGAUGAAGCGUUCGCCGCGCACGCGGCUGAUAACGUGGACGGAAUCAGAGAGGCGGACGCGGAAGAGGUGGAUGUCGCUGCGUUCUUUGCCGAUUCCGAUUGA